AGAAGUAGCCUUCCCCCCCUCCCUUUCUUCCACUGCUCCGACACUUUUGUUGCAACUAUGGGUGUGACUUUUGAUGGAGCUCCCCCUCCCAGUUAUGUCAUUACUUAGUUCUUUGAAUCAGAAUAAAAAGUGCAGCAAACUUCAGACUCAUUGACUGCAGGCUUAACAAGCGUCGGGGCUUCUUUCUGUAGCCUGCAAGGAUCUCUGGUUUUUGCAAAAACAAUUCUGAGAAAAAAAUGGCCAGCUUUCCUUUAUGGGCAACUUUUGGAUUAUGCUUGCUGAAGCUUUGUCUAACAGAGACAGUAGAAUUCAAUGUAAGUUGCCGAUAUGCAGGAGUUUUUCACGUUGAGAAAGAUGGUCGCUACAGCCUGACACGAAGUGAAGCAGUCGAACUUUGCAAAGCUCUGAAUAGUACCUUGCCAACACUAGAGCAGAUGAGAAGAGCUCAUAAGCUUGGAUUUGAAACUUGCAGGUAUGGGUUUAUAGUGGGGCAUAUUGUUAUCCCACGAAUCAAUCCUUAUCAUCUUUGUGCAGCAAAUCAUACUGGCAUUUACAAACUUUCAUCAAACACAACUGGUCGGUAUGAUGCAUAUUGUUACAAUGCAACAGAAACAAGGGAUAAGACAUGUGAGCCAAUUGAAAAGCUAGAUACUUCUUUGCUCAGUGAUCACAGCAGAAUAGUCAUUGAUAAUGCAGAUGGCUCACGUUAUAAUGCAGAUGGCACACGUCAUAGUGGAGAUUCCUCAACCUCUGGUGUGGAUGAUGAAAAUGUAGGUAGUGGAUCUACACAUGACACAACUGCAAUGGAUACCUCCAUCAGAAGAUCCCCCAGUACCUCGUAUUUUGAAAAUACUACUCCAGUCUUGCAGCUGCCAGAUCAUUCUUCUGGAGGGGGUGAAACGGAAUUUCCUCCAAUAAGUACUGAUGAUGACUUUCAUACAGCAUCAACUUACAUCUCUUUGGUGCCUGUAGCUGAUGAUUUCCCUGAAAAAGGAGAUGGACAGCAGCCUGCAAGUACUACACUAGUCACAAAUGAAAAUGAAAAACGUGAAGGACCAACCCAACAUCCACUAUUACACAGUGUUCAUCCUGGAUGGAUCAGUCAAGAACAAAGUCCCGCAAAUACCACUGAGAGUAGUGAGCAACAUGAAUUUACUGUUCCAGGCGAAAAUGAUAUCGAAAAGGAAUCUUCUCAUACAGCUAUGGCCUCCAGUUAUGGAGCCAAACAGAAUGACUCAGCACAAGACCACCCACUGGUGUAUCCAGGUUGGGACGAGGGAGAUGAUUAUUCCACACGACCCACUGUAAUGGAUAGAAUUAUUUCUUCCAGAGAGAAUGACCAUGAAAGAGAGUCUUCCAGUACAGCUGUUACCUCUCCCGAUGGUGCCCGUCACGAAGACCCAACUGAGCCACCUCUGCCUUCAGAUAACGAACACGGACAGGGCACUGAAGGCGUCUCACGUGCCACAAACACCCCCAGGGAUGAGGCGCUCCAUGGGCGGAAUCCUGCUAGUAGGAACGAACCGGAGGAUGAAUCUCCACUGACGGGUACCAUCACAGAGUCCACGGACGUUGUCAACCACGAAGAAGCAACCAAAGAGCCACUGGCACCCAGCGCUCAACCUGGAAGUGAAAGUGAACAAGCAACUACUGCGGAUGGUUCCCAUGUCAAUUUCAUACCUGCAUUUUUUCCAGACACGGAGGAGGAUCAUCUUAACCGGUUACACACCCCUCCUCCUACCACUGUUACCUCUCCCGAUGGUGCCCGUCACGAAGACCCAACUGAGCCACCUCUGCCUUCAGAUAACGAACACGGACAGGGCACUGAAGGCGUCUCACGUGCCACAAACACCCCCAGGGAUGAGGCGCUCCAUGGGCGGAAUCCUGCUAGUAGGAACGAACCGGAGGAUGAAUCUCCACUGACGGGUACCAUCACAGAGUCCACGGACGUUGUCAACCACGAAGAAGCAACCAAAGAGCCACUGGCACCCAGCGCUCAACCUGGAAGUGAAAGUGAACAAGCAACUACUGCGGAUGGUUCCCAUGUCAAUUUCAUACCUGCAUUUUUUCCAGACACGGAGGAGGAUCAUCUUAACCGGUUACACACCCCUCCUCCUACCAGAUCUACAUCCAGUGUAUAUGGCAAUAAAGGACCACAUAUGGGAGAUUAUGAAUCCACUCCUUUCCCUGGACAGACCACAACAACAAUAAAUUCGCAACCAAGAUCGGCCCAGGUACCAGAAUGGUUGAUUAUAGUUGCUGCUCUUGUGGCACUGGGGUUGAUUCUUGCAGUCUGCAUCGCUGUUAACAGUCGGAGAAGAUGUGGGCAGAAGAAAAAGCUAGUGAUUAACAAUGGCAAAGGGGCAGUGGAAGACAGGAAGACGGGUGGAUUAAAUGGAGAAGCCAGCAAAUCACAAGAAAUGGUGCACUUGGUUCAUAAAGAACAGUCAAAUGACCGAACAGGAGCAUGUGAUGAAUUCCUGACCAUUGAUGAAACACAGAAUCAUCAGGAGCUUGACAUGAAGAGUGGAGUGUAAUGGCACCAAGUCGUCAAGUAGAUCAGAUUUGGGGAAAUCAAAAUCACAAGGAACUUGGACAGGAGUUCACAGAUGCACUGUGCUACUGAUGUCUUUUGAACAUAAUUAAACAUAACUUUUCUUCAUUUUUAAUUAUUUUAAAAUCAUGUCCAGGUUGCAAAAUUGAUAUUUCCUUUCUGAAAUAAGUCCCCAAGAGUUGCAUAAAUUUAUCGGUUCCCAAUUCCUACAUGGAAGGCACUUUGUCUUUGGUGUUGGGAGGGAUACAAGUUUAUAUCAUUGAUCCCCAGAUGCAGCAUCUUCGCUGUGCGGAGCUACAGGAGUAUCCAGUCGCUCCACCUUACAGGCACUUAAGGUACUAAACUUGCCAUGGUACAAGAAUAAGUGAGGAAUAAAUGUCAAGAGUGAAAAUGAAACUAAAACCAUAGAGGCCUUCUAUACGAUGUCUAAAACUUCAGAAUCCUUCAGAAAUGCUUUCCAGCCAGGAAGAGUGGUAGAUGCAUUCAAAAUAGGCAAAAAAUGGUGAUUUGUAAUGAUUUACAACUUAAUCUGUAAUGCAAGAAACCCAGAAGGACAAAGUUUAUUUAUCUCUAUUUUUAAAUGUCUGUGGGAGUAUAAUAAAUCUUCCUGGGAGGGGGAAUAAAGACAUGAAAACAUGAACUGAUACAUAAUAAACUUCUAUACUCUAUUAUCUUAAUCUGUACAGUUAUCCUUGAGUUUUUGAGGUGUUCAUUGCUGUUCCCCCUCCCUCCUUCACUGGUCAUAGCUUGUGUAUGUUUUUAAUAAGCCAGUUAAUAAGGCUAAUGAGUAAAAUAGAGUGACCCCAGCUUAAUCAUACAUGUAUAAAUCAAGCAAUUGAAAAUCAUCAAAUGUGAUGACAAUAUUUUAUUUUCUGAAGAAUAGGGCUCCAUCUUCCCUUGCUUCCUUUGUAUUACCCCAGUUUGCUAAUAUUUUAAAACUUGCUCACUUUCUAUGAAUUCUAUUUCAUCCACUUUUUUUUUCCUCUGCUUUUUAAAAAUACCAGAAGAAAAAUAGCUUGUUUGUUGGUACCAGAAGUUGAAAUUCUACAAAAAAGAUCAAAGAAAAUUAAAGGAAACUCUCCCACCAUUGUAAUAUAGUAAAAUAGCUGCAGCUGCAUUGUCAUAUGCUUUUAUUUUGUCUUUAUAUGUCUGUUAUGAAAAGUGUUUGUAUUAAGCUAUGAUGCUGUGCAUUAUAUUGAUAUGAAUUACCAGAAAGAAAACUAUUUACUACCAGUAGUCUGUGCCAUUUUUAAGAAAGCAUUUUGGAAUGGAGGGAGACUGACAACUGCUAAUUGGGCUGCCUCAGAAAGCAUGUAAGAAAAACAACGUAAGGUAACUGCAAACAGUGAGGUCUCUGUUAGUUGUGGGAUGGGGAAUCUUCUGUAACUGGUUUAUUGAGAUAUUCAUGUUCACUCACUGCUCAUAGCACCUUCAUUUAAAAUUGUUCUACUGAGGCAUGCUAUUUUAUGUUCUCCAUUUAAGCAGAUUGGAAGAUGAGUACUCAGCUGGCAAAAUACUAACAUUAGCUAGAACUGAUCCUUUUUGGACCAUAAAACACAAGAUUGUUGUGAUUAUAUUUCUCAGUUACAGCCCUUCAGCGGUUUGCCAUGUGUUUAUGAGUUGCUCUUUGCCCUACAGGCAAUCUACAGGCAGAUUUCCCCAGGGGAAAGUAAUGCCUGGGCAAUAGGACCCAAGACAAGCUGUGAUGUUAAGGGACACAUAGGAUGCUUUCAGAUUUGUCAUAUGCCAGUACGUUUCGUCUAUGAGCAGCUACAUAAUCCAUGGUCUGUAGAUGUUCAAACAAGCUGAAGGCAGUGGGGGUCAUAGCUAUUUACAUUAUCAGUGCAUGUGGUCCACUGUCAAACUUCUCAGCCCUAUCAUGAGCACGCAUUUUAAUACCGAACUGUGCUGUGGGAAGUCUGUUGACUUUGUGCAUUGAUUUUUUUUUUCAUGCUUGUAAUGUUUUUAAGCAAGCUUUUCUAUUUGUCAUUAUAAAUCAAAACAAACUGUUGAAGGCUGUGUUAAAACUGGCAUUAUAUGCUCAUUCUGCUAAGUAUAGAGAUCCAGAGGAAGGAUUAUUCCUCUCUUUGAAUCCUAAUUUAACAUAAACCUCUAUCAAAAGGAGUUAACUCACUGUCUUGAAGGCUAAAGCUUUCUAAAAGAAGACUGCAGCAUGUUAUUCAUCUCCCUGUUCAGAUGUUUAAUGGAGAAACUGCCUUCCUAAUUUAUCUUAUGUGCAGUAUCUAUAAAUACACGGACAAUAUUGUUGGGCUUCUUUUUAUAUUUUUAAAUAGGGAGAUGCUCAAUUUCUCUUUACGGAGGCAAUGCUCUUGUUUUAUAUAUGCUGAUUCCUUUUAGAUUAUGUCAUGUGAUUUAUCUGAAAUUAAGUUUCAUUAUAGUUUCAGAACUACAUGGCCAUUUCAUACAUGUAAUAUAGUAAGUAUUUGUAUUAAGCUCAGUUUUAUUGUUUGAGGGGUUGUUCGUUUCAUGUGUGUAUUUUUUUAUAGAGACCGAUUGAUAUAUUUGCAUAUUUAUUUAACGAAUUAAUCAGAAUGAAAGAAAAUAUUAUCUCUAAAUUGUAUCUAGAAAUAGUAUUGCUAAAAAGAAUUGAAUUGUAAAAUGAGCUUCCAAAAAUAAACUUGAUUCCACAUUGAGGAUAAAAGACAAGAUUGGCGUUACUAGUGGGAGAGAAGAGCUGUGCAGCAGGAUAGUCCUUUCUAGUGCUGGUGAGCCAGAGGUCAGCUCUUCUGCUUGUGAGCUC